AUGGAGCAAGAUUACAAAAUCUACCAAAACGAAUCGAUGGGAUUGACCGACGACCAACUCAAGCUGCGAAAAGAGGUGAUGCAAUACUAUCAAAGUUCAGAUGCAACGGAGGGUGGUCGAAUGCUCGAAGUAGCAGAGGAGAAAUUGCGAUUCCGGUACAGAGAGAAAUUGAACAAGGAAACGCUCGCAUUUGAAGAGACCGGGUUGAUCUUCGAAGAGCGCGCUUCUAGAGAAGAUGUCGGGCACAAACACUGCGGGUGCAAAAGUCUAGAUCAACAGCGCAGUCAUCGCGAGGCGCGAGAGUCAAUCAAACAGACGAGCGCUGACCUGGUGGCGAAGAUUGUAGCUGAUAAUGAAGCAUGGAUGAACUUUCAAAGGGAGCUGAAGGUCCAAAAGGAGGCUGGGGAAUAUCGGGACGAGGCGUGGAACGCGCUCUGGCAUUAUCAGAACUGUGUGGAAGAUAGAAGAACGGCGCAGAAGCGGUAUGAUGAGGAAGCGGAGCAAAUACGUGUGGACUAUAAAGAGGCCCUGAACAAGGCGACCGGCGAGUUUGAGCAUCUGCACUCGGACAAAGGUGGUUCGUCAGAAUCAUACAAUAAUCAAUCUCCGAGGGAGAACACAAGCCUAGACGGCGCGGAAGACAAAGCUGCCGUAUGUUUCAUUCGACUUUCAGACCAUGAUCUCAUUCAACAUCUCACUGAGCGCUUGCUCCUCCACUUCCAAGUCGUGCGCGCGUACCGCAAGCUGAAGACAAUCAUCGACGAAUGCGACAGAAGGAAGAAGAAGAAACUGGAAAAUCAGAAGGAUAGGGAUUAUACCAACGAGCUUGUGAGAGUUCACCAUCAUUCUAGCUUUGAUGAGAACAGAAUUGCAUGGGCGCGAAAGCCGUUCGAUACAUUGCGCGAGGAUUUGAGGGUGAAGUUUGGGGAGGUCUUUGUUGAGAAGACAGGAAGUUUUGAGCAUGAACGAUCUGAUUCGAGUGUAAUUUUAGGCCCAAUAUGUACACACGAAUCCAAAAUCGAGAUGUCAAAGCACGAUUGGCACUACUGGAGAGACGUCAGUGCGGAGCAGGAUUUCCGAGAUCCAGAUUUGGCUUUCCAUCCUCGUAUUGGACCGAUCUUGGGUCGGCUUGGAAAGGCGGAGAAAGCCUACGAUGACCGUAAAGAGGAAUUGAGCAAGGAAUAUCAGGAAGUGUAUGUUGAAGAGACGGGCGCUUUCGAGCGGAAGGGUUUAAGCCUAGUGCUGGAUGAUGGUCAGCGUUAG